AUGCCAGGGACAGCGCAAAAAAAGGACCACCGUGCGAAAUUCCACGCCGCUCGGGACAAGCACAAUGUCGCACAGCUCCCCCGCAAGCGCUUCUACCGCCAACGCGCGCACGCGAAUCCAUUCUCAGACCAUGCUUUAGAAUACCCUGUAUCACCAGCGGACAUGGACUGGGCAAAAUACUACCCCGACUAUGUAGCAGACACCGACGCCGACGGGGCCAGCUCGGGUCGUCCGAGGCCGCUGAAGCAGAAUGUUGAGAUUGUUGACAUUGGCUGCGGCUAUGGUGGUCUUCUCGUUGCCCUAUCACCCAUCCUACCAGAUAAACUCAUGCUCGGCCUCGAGAUUCGCUCACAAGUCACCGCGUUCGUCCAAGAGCGCAUCUACGCCCUGCGCAAGCAGCACCAAGACAAGAGCGGCAGCGGCAACGGCGGCACCUACCAAAACGCCGCGUGCAUCCGCGCCAACUCGAUGAAGUUCCUGCCCAACUUCUUCCGCAAGGCGCAGCUCUCCAAGAUCUUCAUCUGCUUCCCCGACCCGCACUUCAAGGCGCGCAAGCACAAGGCGCGCAUCGUCUCGGCCACGCUCAACUCCGAGUACGCGUUCGCGCUGCGGCCCGGCGGCCUCGUCUACACCAUCACCGACGUCGAGGCGCUGCACGGCUGGAUGGUGGAGCACUUUGAGGCGCACCCGGCGUUCGAGCGCGUCCCGGAGGAGGAGGCCGAGGCGGAUCCGUGCGUGGCGGUCAUGAGGGCGGAGACGGAGGAGGGGAAGAAGGUGGCGAGGAACAACGGACUCAAGCUCGUGGCCGUGUUCCGGCGCAGGGAGGAUCCGCCCUGGUGA